AAUAGCCAGCACACUCUCAUACAGUCCCAACUCCCAAUAUAUUCAUUUUUCCCAUUUUACCCCUCGCCGGAAAAUCACAAACCUCAACAUUUCUCCGAUCUAACCCUCCGAUGCCGGGAAUACUCAGCCUAUCCACCGUUCCCGCUGUCAACUUCUCCUUCUCUAGCAACAACCGAGCUUCUAACGAAAGAUUCCGCCGCCGUAGUCCGAUCCGCGCCGUCGCUUCUCCGGUGCCGGCCACAUCGGCUAGCCUCUACGAGGUUUUGCGAGUCGAGCAGGAUGCGUCGCUGAUGGAGAUCAAGUCUGCCUUCCGGAGCCUGGCGAAGCUCUACCACCCCGACGUUGCGGCCGUGAGGCGGUUGCCGGAUUCUGACGGCGGUUCCGGCACGGACGACGCGACUUCAUCGUGAUACGGAACGCAUACUAGACGCUAUCAGAUUCUUCAGCGAGAGCUAUGUACGAUCUGUCUCUGGCCUCCCGGCGGUGGAGGUUUCCGGAGCCAUUGAGCGUGAAACGGAAUUCCGAUCAUUACUCGACCCGAAGAUUUGAAACGGACCAAUGCUGGUAGAUAGAGUUGAAAAAAAAGAAGGAAAAAAAGAUAUUAGGUCACAGUUCAGCCGUUCAGGGGAAGGGGGGGAAUUGUCUUGUUAUGGAAUCCAAACUUGUCUUUUUUUUUGUUUUUCUUUUGGAGGGAAAAACUUGGCUUUACUUCUGCUAUGAACGAAAGAGAAGUAGUGGAUUUCUUAAGGACAAAGAGAAGGUGUUCGUUGCUUUGAGUCUUUGAGAGAGUGAUGGUGGUGGUAAUAAAUGUA